AUGGUUCUCUCUGAUGCGUGGGAUGACCGCUACGGCGACGACGAGUGGUACAGCUCGACGAGGGAUCGUGUUACGGCCAGCGCCCGCCAUGUCCGUGGCUCAUCCCCUCUGCCGCCAACAAAGACUCGAGACGACGCUAUCCUUCGUCCCGAUCAUGCUCGUCGUACCAGUGAGUUCCUGGCUCCAGAAGUACACUACACUACCUCUCUCCACCGUACUCGCUCCCAAGGUCACGCGCCAGUUCCCAACGUGACCAUUUACAACACUACUCGCAUGGACAAUGAGAGUAGCCCCCAAGUACGUACCGAGCAAAAGAGCCGUGACUCCAGCCCCCGCGGUAGGCUCGAGGUGAAGCGCAACAUGCCUGGUGCCUUUGAGCUCGAAGAGGAAAUCACUGCACUGAGGGCAGACUUGAGAAAGGAGCAGCGUUCUCGCUCCCGACACGAGUAUCAAGAACGUCGCCACACGCCUGAACAACAUGAUUAUACCGACAAGAUCAAAUUGACCCUUGCCGAGCAACGGCUCAAAGAUCUCGAGUUGGAGCGGGAAAGAGAGCGCCUAGAGAGAUACCACGAGCGCCGCCCUUCGCCAGAGCAUGACUAUGCCGACAAAAUUAAACUCACCUUGGCUGAGCAGCGUCUCAAGGAUCUCGAGAAUGAGCGUGAAAGAGAGCGAUACGAAACUGAGCGAGAGCGCGACCGACUGGAACGAGAGCGAGACCGAGACCACCUGGAGCGAGACCGGGAGCGAGAACAACUCGAGCGGGAGCGAGAGCGAGAGCGACGCCAGUUUGAGCGAUACAAUCAGCAUCACCAUCGCCAUCAUUCGCCUGACCACAGCGCCGAAGACAAGGUCAAGCUGGCACUCUCUGAGCAGCGACUGAGAGAGGCCGAGGAAAAGCUCGAGCGGGAACGACAGGAGGAUGAGAUGAAGAACCGCGAAGAGCUCAUGAGGCGCCGAAUGGAGCUUGAGUACAUCACCGACAGACGGGAGCGCGAGCGUGAGGAAGAGAAUCUUCGAAGGUUCGAACAGAACAUGCGCCGCGAGUGGGACCUCAAGCGAGAACGCGAAGAUCGCGAGCGCGAGCGACAGGAGGUUGAAGAAGAGAGGAAACGCAAGGCCAUCAUUGCCGAGAACCGAGCAAAGAUGUCUCGCGAGCAGCGGGAAGCGGCUGAGCAGCGUGACAAGAUCCUCGCCGAUCUCGAGAAAGAGAAGCGAGAGCAAGAAGAAGAGCGCAAGCAUAUUCUUGCAGAAACCCGCCUGAAGCAAGCACGCGAACAACGCGAGGCAGAGGAGCAGCGUGACAAGAUCCUGGCUGACAUGGAGAGACGAAAGAGGCAGGAGGACGAAGAGCGCAGGCACAUACUUGCAGAGAGCCGACUCAAGCAAGCCCAGGAGGAGCGUGAGGCAGAAGAACAACGCGAAAAAAUUCUAGCCAACUUGGAGAAGAAGAAGAAAAAGGAGGAGGCAGAGCGCCAGCGCAUCAUUGCCGAGAACACAGCCAAGAUGGAGAAAGAGGCGCGGGAGCGUGAGCUUCAGGAGAAGGCAAAGGAGGAAGAGCGUAAGCGAAUCAUUGCCGAGAACACGGCCAAGAUGGAGAAAGAGGCGCGGGAGCGCGAGCUUCAAGAGAGAGCAAAAGAAGAAGAGCGUAAGCGCAUCAUUGCAGAGAAUGAGGCCAAACUGGCCAAGCAGGCAAGGGAAGCAGAGGAAGCACAGCGGCGUGCUGUUGAGGAUUAUGAGAGAAAGAAGGCCAAAGCCGAAGCCGAAGCCCAGGCUGAGCGUGACCGUAUCAUCUACGAGUAUGAACGCAAGAAGAUCCUCGACGCCGAGAAGGAGAAGAAGGCGAGAGAAGAGAUGAUUCUGAAGCUCAAGAUGGAGGAGGAAGAAAAGAAGAGAAAGGACAAGGAAGAGUACGAUGCCUUCAUGCGUAAAGAGAAGGAGAGGCAAGAGGAAGAAAAGAAGAAGAAGGAAGAGCAAGAGAAAGAGCUUGAAGAGGCAAUGCGCAAGAGGCUUUCCCAGUUCGGCUUCCAGGACAACCAGAUCCAAGUCCUCGUGAAUCCCGAGAAGCAACGCGAAUUGCAACAAGGCAUGCUACCAAACAACCCCAUUCCCCAGAUUGCAGUCUCGCCUCAUCACCACCAACAACAACAACACCACCAACACUACCAACAACACCAUGCCAUUGCACCUACGCCAACCUAUGCCAAGGUCCACGUCAGCCAUCUUGACGUCGAGACCCUCCACUACUAUGACAUUCCUUAUGAGUACGAUGUUAACCCAGAGUACAUUAUUGUGCUUCGCGAGAUGUCGCAACGCGAGACGGAUAUCCUUUUCGAACACACACGCCGCCUUCGCUCGAGCCACGGCAGCAAGCUCUUCAUCGAGGCCGAAGGUCGCGACAGCAGGGGCAAGAAGGAGUACGCCUUUGUGCGUAGGAAGUCUCGAUCCCGCUCCAGGAGUGCCGUUGGUGUAUCUUCUGGCCGAGCCAAUGUGAGCUUGGGAGAUAUGAUUUGGCGAUAG